GAACGUAGGUGGCCGUGGCGAAACGUUUUUGGUGUUACGAAUAAUAAGAGCGUGUGCUAGCUCUGGUGAAGGCAGCUCUUUUAAUCCUCGUACGUGCCGAGCUAUGGUGACUGAUGUUUCUUUCGACGAUUUGUUAAAAGGCUGAACUCGUUUUGGCUACUUUGACAUGCGGGACAAAUCUCGCGCCUUGCUUCAUUACUGGAUUAGAUUUGAGAAGAAUAUCGGAAGUUAGUUCCUCUCAGCAAAAUUGUUUGGAGCCCUUUCAUCCCACAUUUCUUGACAUUCCAGCUCUAGUCAAUAUACCACUUUUGUGUGUACCUGUGAACAAGGUGACAUUUCGGGAACAAGUGAUAAAUAAGAAUCGCCUGGCAGGCGUCGUCGCAAAUACAUCGUUGUUUGACUUUUCUAAAAAUGAUCAUAAUAUCUGCUGCAUAACAUUUCUACUUGAAUUGAAAUUGUGAAUUAUUCUUCCUGUUUACUUACAUUUUCACAAGAUAAUACAGGUUCCAGAUUCUAGUUGUUUGCAGCUGAAGGUGACCUGUUUGAAGCGGAGUUGAGCCCUGUCGUACACGACAUUGCAUACUUAACUACAAGUAGCAUGUGUGUGCAUUGAAUUUCCGCUAAUUUGAAAUAUGAUGAAUUCAGUCAUUAUUUUACGAGCCGUAAUAUGCGUCACCUUUGCUCUCAUGGUAUCUGUUUACAGCUACUCUGAAUGUCCAAGUGUUUGUUCCUGUAAAUGGAAAAAUGGAAAACAGACAGCAGAAUGCACUGGAAAAGGAUUGACAGUCAUACCUUCGGAUUUGAAUGCGGCGACGCAGGUAAUUGAUAUUAGUAGAAACAGUUUCACCGAAAUUCCAAGCCGAUCUUUCCAACAAAAAGGAUUAGUCAAUCUGCAAAAGAUAUUUAUAUCAGAGUGUGGAAUAAAGAAUAUUGUUUCUGGUGCAUUUUUCCAACUUCGAAAUUUGGUAGAGUUGGAUUUGAGUGGUAAUAAAUUAAAAACUAUCCCAACUGCUGCUCUUCAAGAUUGCCCAAAUUUACGACGUCUGCAACUUGCGCAAAACCCUAUUGGUCAAAUAGGGAGUGGUGUAUUCCCGUCUCUGCCGCAUUUAACUAACCUGGGUCUUGCGAACUGUCGUAUUAAGCAUUUGCAACCUGGGGCUUUAGAUGGAUUGAGCAAUCUCGAAUCGAUUGAGCUAAAUGGUAAUCAGCUCACUACUUUGUCCACUGAGGUUUUGAAACCUCUUACUGAGCUGCACGAACUUAAUCUUCAUAAUAAUCCUUGGUAUUGUGAUUGCAAAAUUCAGGAAAUCAGGUUAUGGAUGAUUGAGCGAAAAAUACCUCUAUCGAUACCUCCAUACUGUGAGGCACCAUCUGUAGUAAAGGGUAUGUCAUGGAAAGCUAUGUCUUUAGAUGAUUUUGCCUGCCCUCCUGUUAUGAUUCGCGUCUCCGCCGAAACUACUGUCAUUGUCGAUCACAACGCAUCCAUCCUUUGUCAAGUCGAUGCUACACCCAAAGCUUCAAUUUAUUGGGAAAUGACUGGCAAAAGUUUAAAGAAUAUAAGCAGUAUUCCAGAACUACGGGCAAAAUAUAAUGUCGAAACAGAAGAUUCGUCGAAACAGUCGAGUAUUUUAACCAUCUACAAUGCUAUUGAAAGUGAUAGCGAUACAUAUGUGUGCGUGGCCGAAAAUAAAGCUGGGAUCUCAUCAAUUAAUUUCACCUUACUAGUUGUAUGUCCGAACCAUUUAGGUGGAGCAUGGAGUGGAGCAUCAAUAACAUUGCUUCUUGUUGGAGUUAUCUUUGUUAUUUUAUUAGCUGCUGCCGCAAUAUGCUUUCUGGUCUAUCAUCCUGUUUCGCUUCCUUUUGGAUCAAAGAUAAAUCGAAGUAAUGUGAUACAGCACCUGUCAUCCAAGAAACAAGAUGCCGUGGAAAUGAACGACUUAGGCGAAGAGAAAGAAGAGAAAGAUCUCAAAACUACUGAUAAACAACCCCGUCACGAGACUGGCAGCAGCGGAUAUGGAUCUGAUCAACUGACACCCGAUCUGGUGAGCAAAAUAGCAGAUAUGAAUAAUGGGCCAUCGUUAUCGACCUCCACAGUCAGCUGCAAUCAUCUUGAUUCCGACAAUCCGGUUCUUAUUGAUGGCUAUGGAUCAACAAUCGACCACUGGCCGCUUGGGAAAUCUAAGGCUAUAAGAUACGAUGGAUCUCCUAUUCGGAAUAAUAUCUAUUCGGAAAUCUAUUUGAAUCCUUGCUAUGGUAAAGAUGAGGAUCCUUACAACUAUGCUCUGCAGUCAUCUGGAAUACACCAGUUACCUGAUUGCCCUGGAGACAGAUAUAUACCUCAAAACGAUAGAGUGCGAACCUUGCGAGGAGGCUACAAUUGCGCUUCUGGAGAUUCUAGCAGAGAUGAGCUGUUCUCUAAUUCUGGUCACGAUGAAUCGUCGAAGAGAUAUCCUUUGGUUGUCGCAAAUUCUAGUGGUCACUACACUCUGCCAGCAAAGGUUAGAUUUUCACCUGAUGAAGGUUAUGCUGAAGAAGGCUUGGAAGGCACCGAGGUAUAAAUUCGUACAAUUUUCUUCAUUUUCUUUCAUGUGAAAAUCCGAAACAUUAUUCCAUAUAUGAUACGUUAUGGUGAAAAUUCCUUGCCCUUGAAAGACAAAUAACAUUUUUCGCAGUAUUAACCUCCAUUGCUCUGAAUUUGAAAAGUAGUCUGAAGCAGAAAUUUCAAUACAGAUUUUUUUUAAUCAAAAUAAUGGAGGAAUUUUAAAACCCUUUGUGCAUGCAUCAUUUUUACUUUGAUAAAACCAUGGAAAAUAUUCCAAAAUAUUUAUACCUCGAAAUUAUUCCAUUACAACCUGAUCAGAACAUCCCUGAACUAAGCGGAAAGAAAUUUCGUUUUCCCCCGAGAACGUAACUGAUGCAUUUCUAAUAAUGCAAGUGAAUAAAAAUAUUAAUUGUGUAGUCGUGGUUUUGUUGAUUGGUGUUUUCACUGUGAACCUUUUCCUCCCCUUGAAACUAAAGCAUUGUUUUCAUGAAAAAUCAUUGAUAUUUUGUAUGGAAAGUGGCAUAAAAAUAUAUUUGUUGUUUGCUAUGUAAAAAUUUGUAGAAACAGCCCAAUAUUCUUCAUGUAUCAAGCAGUAAUGCUCUGUAAAGAUAUUUUUAUGGCCGGAAAUGUUAAGUGAUGCUAUCUAGAAACUUCAUUUGAAAUCUGAGAACAAGAGCAAAAAAGUGAUAAAUUUUGAUUUCCACUGCAGUUUUUUAUUAAAUAAACACUUUUGAAAAAAGAAACAAUUAUAGGAAAGAAGAUCAAAAUUUUUCAAUAAAGAAAUUCUUGACCAAUACCUUGAAAAAACAGUUUGUGUUAUUUCAAAUUUUAAUUGAUCAGUUGAAUGGAGUUUGCUUAGUUGAAUGGACUCAGUUUUUUUAAAUACAAAUAGAUCACCAUUAAUUUGUUUGUUUUGUACUUUAUGUAAAUUUUAAAUGAAUUUCAAUCAGUUUUGUCUUUUAUACUUUUUCUGUGUUUUGAUGAUAUUAAUUUAUCACUGUUUAUGUUUGUUUGUUUUUUCUAUUUUAUAAUACAAACAGAUUUUUAUAUUUGCAACAAGAAACUAUAAAUAUUUAUUUUAUGGACAUUUAAAAUGCCUUUACCCAUGGUGCUAAAUUAAUUGAACAUUCAUGAUAUUUUAUUUAUACUUUUUAAAACUCAUUGUUAUUUCUGUACAUUUUUAUUUGAACUUCCUUUUGUGAUUUUCCUUGUAUUUCCUGAUCACUGAGUUAUAUAAGCUUCUGCUUAAAAAAUUGGUGCUGAGAAUUUAUUUCCCUCAUUUAUUUAAAGUUCAUAUUUUAUGUUUUGUCAGCUAACGUUCAAGUUGCAGUUCUAAAUUCUGAAGUUCAAAUCAUGCGAAGUUCAGCUUAAUCUUAAUUUUUAUCAUUCAUUUAUCUGCAUUCUAAGAGUAAAAAAAAUUACUUGGCAAAGCAAAGUUUAUUUAAACUGAAGCCAAAUAUAACUUAAUUAUUUAAAUAAAAACUACGCACGAACUAAUGUCUAUAUAAUGCACAAAAUAAUAAAUUAUUAACAUCAAAUUCUCAUUUGUACUUGGAGUUUAAGUUACUCUCAGUUACUAUGAAUUGUUUUAAUUGUACAUUAAUGAAGCGCUGUCUUGAAACUCAUUGUAACUUUUAUGUUCUUAGGGAACGGCAUUUGGAUCAUAACGUUCCUUGAAUUUUGCUAAUAUUUUUGAAAGUACAUCUAUAUCCAUACAAGAAAAAUAAUUUCUAGAUUUAAAUAAGCGUUUCCUGUUUGAUUCUUAUUAACUGUUGAGAUAUUAAAAAUAAUAUUUGAAAUUCUACACACGGAGCUUAUAUCGUAUUUGAGAUUUUACUAUUAAUCGGAAUUACCAGUUUGGAGUGUUCUCAGUAACCAAGCGUCAUUUUCAUGAAUCUUACGUUCCAGUGUAUGUAGUAAAUUAAUUUCCGAGUCCCUACUUUAAUCUUACAUGUGAAAUAUUCUUCAUUUGUAAAAAUCUUUUUAUGGUGUCUUUCUGUGUAUAUGCCGAUUUCAAUGUAAAGACACUAACAGAGUGGUUAUCUUUGCCUGUUUUAAUGAAUAUUCUUAUUCCUGUGACAAGAUAUUCAUUUGGUUCUAUCAAUCCAUGUAGCGAUUUCAUUUUUAGAGCAUUUUGAGAAGAAACUUGUAGUAGUUGUACUCCACUUGUAUUGCUGAAUCAUGAUUAAUCGCAUUAUAUUUAUGUAUGUUUAAGUGUCUGUCGAACGAAAUCAUUUUGUUAAUGUGUACAAGUGAUUGGUAACUGAAAUACAAAAAUGCUCAAGCUGA